UCCCCCCUGAGAUAUCUCAUGCUUCACCUUCGUUCGGUGCGACGAUAUCAACUCCAUCAUCCUGAUCACGUAUAGAGACUUGAAGAUUUGCUCUUUGCCGUUCUCGCCGCUGGUCCUGCCGUUCCUGUGUUCUCAUAGGACUCCAUAUUGGAUCUUGGAUUGGGUACGUACGUGUGGCUAGGCCGCAAGAGCUUUUGAUACCUUUGUUGUCGUUUGCCAAUCAAGGAAUCAUUUUCUUCUUGCCGUUCUCGCCGCUUGGCGUGCCAUUCCUGUGUUUUCAUAGGACUCUCCAACUUCUUAAUCCGGAGUAAGCAUGUACUUGUGGCCAGGCCGCAGGAGCUUUCGGUCGGUCUCUUUACUGUUGUCCUCUCAAUUCUACCCCCGAUCUCUCAUUCACCGGAGUCAGGGCUGCUCAUCGCUUUUACAAAGCCCGGGUGGGAGGGCUACUCGAUCAUUCGAGGGAAUUUUUUUUCAAAUCCAACGAGCUUUAGAGUUUUUCAAUGUCGCCUGUAUUGCAAGAUUCGCACUGGGCUUUGUCCAAGAAAGUUGUCGUCUCUGUGCCAGGCACGAAACAUUUUUGCGAUGCCAGGUGCCGCAUCGCCUAUUCCAACGUCCCCGAGCGAGGAUCUAUCUCUCUUAGUAUCAAGGCAGCCCUUGCUAAUUCCACUAACAGCUCAGAUUCACUAACAUUGAAUAUCUGCCCCAAAGCGGUUCAGAACUCCUCGCUAGUCAAGAGAAGCAAACCUAAUCUGUGCCCAUCGGAAUUGUCCUCAAAAAUUCGGCAAACUAUAAGCGGUGCUACGGAUGUUUCAACGCUCAGUAUACAUUUAGCUAGGCCUGGGAUUGUUCUGUGUCCAUCUUGGGCAAAGUCUCUAAGUUCUUCCGAUCCAGAAGACUCAAAUUUCAUCGCAUUCGCCCAUAUUUGUCAGUCAACUUCUCUACGCCUACACUUUGCCCUGGUACAAUUUCAGGGGGGAGAAUUUGAGACGUUGAGAGAUUUUUGCUCUAGAAUACAAACCCUCCAGUCAGAGUCUUUCGACCAUCAUCGGCAUGGUGUAGUCGAGAGAGGCCCGAGUAUAUUUAAGCUUUCUCCACCCCCAUAUGAUGAGAAACAUGUAUCAAUACCGGCUGAGCAAGCGGAUCUACCCCAAUACAAUGACCAAACCAAAUUGAAUCCGGUCAUUGGCAAACGGGACAGAGGGUGGUCCCUGUCACCCGAAGAAUGUUGCAAAAGGCCGCUUCUUACACAACCAGACUGGCUUGGAGCACCUACCGAAGUCAAUACCCCAAGUACUCGCUCUUCGUCACCAUCCACAAACUCGAUCCGUCCAACCCACUUCAUACAUGCUUCUUCACCCGACGACACAGAUCAUUUUUCACUGAGAUGUCUUGAGCAGAGGCUUAGCCGACUUCCUGAAGAUCUGGUUCGCGAGCUAUUGAUUCGUUCCGGACAUCAUCGUCUACUGGCCUUGUCAGGGGAUGUAGAUGGCGGCCUACCAUCAAGGUCCGGGACAUCUGGCCCUCCUGGCGUCCAUCUGAUCGAUCCUUACAUCAAAAGAUAUAUCGAUGAGGAAAUCCACAACAGUUUAAAAUUACAGCAGGAUAUCGUACGCGAUAGUAUCAAAUCAGAACUUGAUGAUAUCGUUCAAGACAGCAUCAAAUCAGAACUGCCUGGUCUUGUCGACCAUUUUCGCGAGGAGAUUGCCGACGAACACAAAACGAAAGUGUGCGAGUUAGGCGAGGUGGUCCAGGACAGUGUAUGCGAGAUACAAACUGUAACCGAUGAUGGUGCAGAGGUAAUUAGGGACGUUACGACAGCGCAUAUCGAUGAAAUAAACAAGCAGGCCGUCGAGGGGAAGAAAGCAUUGAAGGAGAUGGCUUUGAAGUUGACUACUUCUCUCAGGGCCUCAUUUGACGAUUUGCGAGGCUCUAGGCAUGAAAAACAGGGCACACACGCGAGAUGCCGCUCUGUUUAAAUCCUAGAUUUAGGUCUUCUUACUCAAUAGUUUGUUGUGUAUCUAAGACUCCGUAGACAUUUAGAAUGAGAGAUGGCC